GUGGUAUUCAGUAAUAAUACGCACCGGGACGAAAUAGGGCGAAGGAUACGAUAAAAGUGAAAAUGGGGAGAAAAGUAACAAUAGCGACAUGUACACUCAAUCAGUGGUCAAUGGACUUCGAGGGAAAUUUAUCAAGAAUAUUACAAAGUGUUCAAGAAGCUAAAAGUAAAGGUGCUACCUACAGGCUUGGACCAGAACUGGAGAUCUGUGGGUAUGGUUGUGCUGACCAUUUCCAUGAAAGUGACACAUUCUUACAUUCCUGGCAGGUUCUUGCAGAGCUUUUGGUUGCCCCAGAAUGCCAGAAUAUCAUCUGUGAUGUAGGCAUGCCAGUGAUGCAUAAGAAUGUAGCGUACAACUGCAGAAUAAUGUUCCUCAACAAGAAGAUUUUGUUAAUACGUCCAAAGAUGAUGUUGUGUAAUGAUUACAACUAUCGUGAAACCCGCUGGUUCACAGCUUGGCGUAAAGAACGAGAGACGGAAGAGUUCUAUCUUCCUAGAAUGAUACAAGACAUCACAGACCAGAUUAAGGUUCCUAUCGGAGACGCUGUGAUAUCUACCUUGGAUACAUGUAUUGGUAGUGAGAUAUGUGAAGAACUAUGGAACUGUGAAAGUCGUCAUGUAAACAUGGCUCUAGAUGGUGUAGAAAUUAUCACUAACAGCAGCGGAAGCCACCAUGAACUGAGGAAGGCAUAUGUCAGAGUGGAUCUCAUUAAGUCAGCAACUAUGAAGUGUGGCGGGGUAUAUGUGUUUGCCAACCUGAUGGGAUGUGAUGGUGAGAGGGUGUUCUAUGACGGAUGUUCCAUGAUUUCUGUCAAUGGUGAGAUAGUCUGUCAAGGACCUCAGUUCACUCUUAAAGAUGUUACAGUGAAUGUAGCCACUGUUGAUUUAGAAGAUGCUAGAGCAUACAGGAAUUCCAUGAGAAGCUUCUGUGAAAGGAAUGCAGUAGCUCCUUCGUUUCCUCGGGUACACGUAGACUUCUGUUUGUCCAGUGAUGAUUACUUCCUGCCCACUACCCAGCCAUUGGACUGGCAGUAUCAUUCUGCAGAGGAGGAAAUUAGCCUUGGUCCAGCUAUAUGGCUAUGGGACUAUAUACGCCGUAGUGGACAAGGCGGAUUCUUCCUCCCUCUCAGUGGAGGGAUAGACAGUUCUAGUACAGCAUGUAUUGUAGCUUCCAUGUGUCGACUGGUCUGUGCAGAGGUUCAGAAAGGAGAUGCACAUGUGCUAUCAGAUGUUAGACGGGUAGUGUCUGACCAGAACUAUUUCCCGACAGACCCCCAGGAGUUAGCAGGCAGGGUAUUUACCACGUGUUAUAUGGGUACUGAGAACUCGUCUGAGGAUACCAAGUCUAGGGCAGCUGAACUAGCUAAACAAAUUGGCAGCUUCCACCUGUCAGUGACAAUAGACGUGGCAGUAGCAGCUGUUAUCGGUGUAUUCACAGCUGCACUCAAACUUGUACCUAAGUUCAAAGCCCACGGUGGAGGAUUGAGGGAGAAUCUGGCUCUACAGAAUGUACAGGCUCGUGUUAGAAUGGUUCUUGCGUACUUGUUUGCCCAACUUAGCCUUUGGGCCCGGGGUCGACCAGGGGGGCUGCUGGUGCUGGGGUCAGCUAAUGUUGAUGAAGGGUUACGUGGAUACAUGACAAAGUAUGACUGUUCUAGUGCAGACAUUAACCCUAUUGGUGGUAUCAGUAAAACAGAUCUACGCAGGUUCAUAAAGUACUGUAACAGUAAAUUCAACUUCUCUGCUUUAGAAGGAAUAUAUAAUGCUCCACCAACAGCUGAGCUUGAACCAUUGGCAGAUGGAAAAUUAGCACAAACUGAUGAGGAAGAUAUGGGAAUGACCUAUGAGGAAUUAUCUAUCUAUGGUAGACUGAGGAAGCAGCAGGGAUGUGGACCAUACAGUAUGUUCGGUAAACUGGUCCAUAUGUGGAACUGGCUAACACCUGAACAGGUUGCAGACAAAGUAAAGCACUUCUUUAGAAGUUAUUCUAUAAAUAGACACAAGAUGACAACCUUGACCCCAAGUUACCAUGCAGAGACUUACAGCCCUGAUGACAAUCGUUACGAUCACAGGCAGUUUCUGUAUAAUGUAUCAUGGCCGUGGCAGUUUACUUGUAUAGAUACACAGGUAAAAAGAUUGAAGAAUUACGUACCAAGCAGCCAAGGGCAAGCCAGCAACCAGUCAGGUAAAUUCCAGAAAGGAACCAGUCAAAACAAUAUGGCAGCAGGAAAUGGAAAUGUAAAUAGUAACCAGUCCAGCUUCGCAUCAGGCAUUGUAGUGUCCUUGUCCAGUAGUCAAGGUCAGGGUCGUUUGAAUAACCAAUAUGAGAACCAGUCCAGUCAAAAUGCUGAGUGCAGUGAAGAUAUAACAUGCAAACAUGUUAAUCAGAAACAAAAUGAGGUUUUGCUAACAGCUAAUCCUCUUACAGAAAUGCCUGUUGGAUGUAAAAAGUCCUUUUCAGAGAUGUACCGUCAAGUUGUAAAUGAUGGCCAGAUAACUUGUUAUAAGAGACCAAGACUACAUCUUAUUGAAGUGUAACAGGAUUUUAUAAAAAAUUUAAUAUGGAUAUGAAAGCCAACUGUUUUUAAACUAUUUUUUUUUUAUUUUUAACCAGAGUAAUCAAAAUUCAUUAAGAUUUUUCUAACUUUUAAAUUAAAUUUUAUAAGAUGAUAGAUUUGUUACAUUUUAAUAUUGAUGGUUUGUUGUUACAUUGGAAUAUAGGUGGCUUGAUAAUUGUUAUUUAUUUUAUUGAUCAAAAAUGUACUUCAUAAAAAAAUUCUGUUACUGUUCAUAUAGAUAUGCAAUAAGACUUCAGUGAAUAGCUAUCCAGAUUUUGUUUCACAAAUUAUCAUGAAUGUAUGAAAUUGAAAUGAAUGAAAUUGAGGAAUCAUAGCACUUGUUUGAACAUAGAUUAUAAAAUUGCUAAAGUGAAAUGAAGCAUGUUUCAUUCAUUAACAUUUUUAAUGAAUAAUUUUAUAAUUUUGAAGUAUUUGAAUAGUUUAUGUACUUCACCAGACCAGGGCAGUGUGUUUACAGAAAUGUAAUAUUUUCUGUGUUUUAGACUGUUUUUAAAGGUUUUCUGUUAACAGAUUUUGAAUUUUGACAUAGCCAUUUAGAUUUUAUCAGAUGUCUAGCAAUCUCAUCAGAGUCUGUAGAAUUAAAGUAGCAUUAGUUCUGAAAAGUUUAAGUGUGAUUGGUGUUCUACUCAGAAAUCAUUAAUUUUCGCCUUGGAAUACUUUUCAUGAUUAAUUCAAUUCAGGAAAUUUAAUCCCAACUAACAGUAAAUUUGCAUUCAUUUAAUGCUUAAAGGUCAAACUUUGUAUCCCCACUAAGUAGCCAUUUUGGCCAAAACUGCAAAGUUUCAUGUGCAAAAUAUUUACUGAUUUGACAGUAUGUAGAAACUAGUAGUAGACUGUCAAGUACAGGUGUUAGGGAAUCUAUAUGUCAAGUUUCAAACAUUAUAAAGAACAUUGUAAAUUAUGUCAUUCUUGAUGUAUUUGUACAACAUGUAUAAUAUACAGAUUUCUUUGCAUUUGUUAUUAAGUUUGCUAUUCUUUUGAGUUUUGCUCAUACAUUUAUGUAUUGACAUUUUUGACUAAUUUAUUUACGAUAAGAAUGUUUUUGAAUUAUUUAUUACAAUAUUUACAAGAAUGAGUGUAGAGUUUAGAAAAUACAGGGUUAUGAUAGGAUUCAGGGCUGGGAAUUUCAGGGCUGGGAUGAAUUUACCUCGAAAUAAUUCUGGAAAUAUGUUGUAUUUGAAACUUCAUGGGCAGACUGUGUAAUUUAACUUUAAGUGGGUCAGGGUAGAAAGGCUUGCUGUGUUCAAAUCAUAGCAGAAUCUUGCAAGUAUUUAUGAUUAACCUUUAAGAAAAGUAAGUAAGGAGUUUUUUAACCUUUAGCCUGCUGGCGGCAAGUAAUUUUGCCUGUGCGACCAGUGCAGACCAAGAUCAGCCUGCACGUCUGUGAAGGCUAAUCAUGGUCUGCACUGUUCACUUUUCAGUCUGUAAAUUUUCAUUGAACACCCCUUUGAAUAAUAAGUUGUACUGCCCAAAUUGAAUAAUGUACAAGUCCAUAUUAAAAAUUUAGCAGGGUAAAGGUUAAAAUAGGCAUCAAAUUGACUUGUAACAGUGGGUAUUCUUUUGAUAUUUGUACAUCCAGUAUCUGUUUGUUUUUUUGUUUUUUUUUUUGUUUUUUUUUGCUUUGUUUUGAUUGAUUUUAAAGCUACUUACUUAAAGUUGAGGUGAAAUCUUUCAAUCUGUUCAUUUAGUUUUACAAAUUCUGUUAAAGAUGUUUAGUUUGUCUUUACCUGGUUAAAUGAGGAUGAUUGAUUAAAGAUUAUAUGUGAGAUUUUGAAUAAUGUGUACAGGUUUACAUGAUGUAAGUAUGUAUUGUGAUUAUAUUGUUAUGAUGUAGUAUUAUUUAGAUUAUCAGGGGUGAAAAUGAGCUUUCUUGAGGAAAAAAAAAAGAAAAAAGAGGAAAACUUUCCCCCUGUGGGUCAUGGACGGCAUUCUUGUGAGUGGUCCAAGGGGGCAAAGCCCCUCAAAGUCAAAUGAACUGCAGGAUUUAAUUCCCCUUAGGAAGCCAUUUUGUGCAUGCUAAGUAUCUCAUUAAUUUCCGACUGCUUUAUAGAAUAAGAUAAAAUCUGAAUCAACCCAUUUUAUUUUCAGCUUUCUAGCAAAAAUGUGGCAUAUGAUCAUUUUAAACAGUGAUGAAAAGCUUUAUUCAAAUAAAUGUGUUGCCUUGCUUUAAAACAACUGCAAAGAAGAUUUAUCAACUUGUACAAAAAAGAAAAUCAACAUGAUAGUAUAGACAUAAUGAACAGAGAACUUACAAUGUUAAGGACAAGCAAUAGUUAACAGUGUUAAUUGUUACCUAUGUAAGUGUCUAAUUACAAAUUUUUAUGGUGAUCACUUUUUGUUACCGAUUAUUUAGAACAAGUAUUUCCUGAACAAUGCUGUACACUGUUUAACUCUUCAAGAACUACAAAUACAAUGUCUUUUAGCAAAAACUUCAAAAACCUCUCGCUUGUAAAACAAAAAAGAAAAGCAACAUGAUUGCUAAAUAUUUAGAUUAAAUACACUAUUACGCUUUCUUAAGACGGGGGCUCAAACGAACCAAAUUUUGACAGUUCCCGACAGCUUGUGAUCCAAAAAUGGCUUUCAACGGAAUACAUUGCCAGCCAGAAAUGGACUAAGGACAUUCACCUUUCUGACUACUAAAGGUUGCAAGGACAGUCAGACUGAACUCACACCAACUAUGAACAUCUUGGUAAUCAGGCUUAUUUCAUAGCUUGAAUUACUUCAAACAAACAACAAGAAAGUACUUUGUUGACAAAUUCUAAUUUUCAUUUUAACAAACACAACUUUUACAAAUAUAUGGCAGCAGAGACAAUCCAAAAUUUUUUUGUUGACCAUGAGUGGAUAAACUGACUGCCACCAUAUUGGAACAGCUGACAAGUUUCGUACACCAGAUACAAAUUGACCUUGACUUAUGGGCUGAGGCACCCAUCAGUCAGGAGAGAUGGUCCAUCAUUCAGUUUGGGCAGUACCACUUAUUACUGAAAUGGGUGUUCACUGAAAAUAUUCUGAUUCAAUAGCAAACAGUGCAGACCAUGAACAUGCACAUCCGUGCAGGCAGAUCUUGAUCUGCACAGGUGGCAAAAGCAAAAUCACAUGCCGCCAGCAGGCUAAAGAUUAAUUCCCUUUGAUAACCCAGUGUGAUUGUAUAUUGCCAUGAAAUAAUCAUUUCAUAUUUACACUGCUGAAUUGUUGCAAUUUUAUUAAGAUGUUGAAGACUUACUUUUAUAUAAGGCAUACCUGUGAUAACAUUACAUUCCAUUAUUAAUGGUAUAUUAACUCUGACCUGCUCUAUCUGUUUAUACAUCUUACUUUAUAGAUUACUUUUGACAGUAAUUGUUAAGUCUGAAUUUUCUGUUGAACAUCCAGUAGACUUGAUAAUGUCCCAUACAAUUUGAGGUGUCACUGUUACAUUUAUUGCAAAAAUUAAAAUUUUGUUGUUUUCUAAACUAUUGAACUUUUGAAAUUGUAAGUAGUUUCCUGUAGCUAAAAAAAUUAUUUUCAGUGUUUUCUUAGUAUUAUUGUUACUUGCCCUGCGAACAAUGAAAUUGGUUUAUAUAAUCGAAUUUUCAGUUAUUAAUAUGUUUAGAUUAAUUUAGAGAUUUGUCAUUUAUUAUGCCCCCCCCCCCCCUUCGAAGAAGGAGGGGUAUAUUGUUUUGCAGAUGUCGGUCAGUAGGUUGGUUGGUCGGAAUGUAGACCAAUCCGUUUCCAGAUGAUAACUCAAGAACGCUUGGGCCUAGGAUCAUGAAAGUUAAUAGGGAGGUUGGUCAUCACCAGCAGAUGACCCCUAUUGAUUUUGAGGUCUGUAUGUCAAAGGUCAAGGUCACAGUGACCCUGAAUAGUAAAACGGUUUCCGGAUGAUAACUCAAGAACACUUGAGCCUAGGAUCAUGAAAGUUGAUAGGGAGGUUGAUAAUGACCAGCAGAUGACCUCUAUUGAUUUUGAGGUCAGUAUGUUAAAGGUCAAGGUCACAGUGACCCUGCACAGUAAAACGGUUUCCGGAUGAUAACUCAAGAAAGCAUAGGCCUAGGGUCACAAAAGUUGAUAGGGAGGUUGAUCAUCACCAGCAGAUGACCCCUAUUGAUUUUGAGGUCAGUAUGUCAAAGGUCAAGGUCACAGUGACCAGGAACAGUAAAAUGGUUUCCAGGCAAUAACUCUAGAACACUUGGGCCUAGUUUCAGGAAAAUUGAUAGUUAGGUUGGCCAUGACCAGCAGAUGACCCCAAUUGAUUUUGAGGUCAUUAGGUCAAAGGUCAAGGUCACAUUGGCCAGGAACAGUUAAAACGGUUUCUGAUCUUCUUGUCCAAAACCAUAGGGCCUAGGGCUUUGAUAUUUGGUAUGUAGCAAAAUCUAGUGGUCCUCUACCAAGAUUGUUCAGAAUAUUUCCCUGGGUUCAAAUAUGGCCCCUGCCCGGGGGUCACAUGGUUUAUAUAGACUUAUAUAGGAAAAAACUUUGAAAAACCUCUUGUCCAAAACCACAGGGCCUAGGGCUUUGAUAUUUUGUAUAUGACAUCGUUUAGUGGCCCUGGGGGUCACAUGGUUUACAUAGACUUAUAUUGGAAAAAAGUUUGAAAAUCUUCUUGUCCAAACCACAAAGACUAUGGCUUUGAUAUUUUGUAAUGUAGCAUCAUUUAGUGGUUCUCUACCAAGUUUGUUCAAAUUAUCCCUCUAGGGUCAAAUAUGGUCCCGCCCCAGGGGUCAUAUGGUUCAUAUAGACUUAUAUAGGGAAAAACUUAGAACCUUCAUGUCCAUAAAUUGCAUCAUUCAAAUUUGGACCACAUGUAUAGUUUUGAGUGGCAAGAUGAACCUUGACAUGAGUUGACCUUGGUCUUGACCUAGUGACCUACUUUCACAUUUAUGUAGCUACAGCCUUCAAAUUUGGACCACAUGCAUAGGUUUAUGUACCGAAAAAAACAUUGAUUUUUACCUGUAACCUAUUUCUCUAGCUACAGCCUUCAGAUUUGAAGCACAUGCAUAUUUCUGUCUACCGAAAUGAACUUUGACCUUGAAAUUGAUCUAGUGACCUGUUUCACAUUUCUCAAGCCACAGCUUUCAAAUUUGGACCACAUGCACAUUGUAUUGUACCGAAAUGAAAUUUGACAUUGAUUUUGACCUUGAGCUGGUCUUGAAAUUUGAAACAUUCAAAAAUGGCUCAGUGGAUGGCGCCAAGAUCACUCUGUAAUCUCUUGUUAGGUUAAUAGGUUAAAGGUCAAGGUCAGAUUAAACCAGAAUGGUAGAACUUUUGUUUACAGUGAGCAUAUAAUUUCUGUUCCUUGUGCAAUUACUGAAUGCAUCAAGGGGGGCAUUUCGUGUUCGACGAGCUCUUGUUAAUUUAGCAACUCCGCCCUCACUUUGCCUGUAACCACGUUUGCUUGAAUUUUUAAUAAAACAUGAAAAACUGUU